CGAGGCUGGAGGUUCUUGGUGUUCCGAGAGGUUCUGUGGUUCAGGUAAUCCGGUGACUCAGGUGUCCACUCGUGGUCAGAAUGUCCUGAAGGCGAGGCAAUACAAAAGUUAGACAUGAACAUGAACACUUGGACUGAACUAGACGAGAGACCAAGUUAUGCACCAUCAGGGGCAACAAACUGGCAAUGAAUGCUGGUUCUGGAUCUCCUUAAGUAGGUCUGGUCGGUGAUGGAGAGUGGACACAGCUGGGAAUCAUCAGGAGCCAAGCAGAGAGGGGAAGGGUAGGAAAGCUGACAGAGGCACCAUGACAACACUUGAGUGUAGCAAGUGUACUACAUAGACCACAUGUGUAGUGUGUGUACACCAAAUGAAUACGCCUUCAGACCAAAUUUGAACAUUUUAAGUUUAAAAAGUAAAACUUCAAGUAUGCUGCCUCACUUUUAGCAUAUACUAAGUAUAUUGGUAGAUAUACUUAGUACUUAGCAUAUUGGGGACAACGUGACAUCAUUCUGUCUAUAAAUAUGUCUUGCACUUCUACUUUUUGCUUCUGGGAACCACCUAAUUGAGGUAAGUGGUAAAAUAGCUCAUUUUUAUCUACAAUGUAAGGAAGCCAAUGGAGGGAAUUGAAACAAAACACUUGAGUGUGUUUCUGUUUCAGCAUUUAAGAUUAGGGAUAUCUUAAUUGGAAUAAACAUGAUGCAAAACACAAACAAACCUGCAAAAGCAAAUGGUUCUAAUUUACAUUCAUGCACUUUGAAUGCAUGUAGAUGUCCUGUUGUUGGUUAUCUUCCUCCACUUUGUCACAUUUACCAACAACUUUUGCCACUGUCUUGUCAAAUUAAUUUGUUACACCUAUGAUGUAUGGCACAGUAUUUUACUAGAAGAGACUUUACCUACAUGAAAACCUAUUUUUAUCCACUUAAGGGAGCAAUAACAUGACAUCAGUGGGGUUUUUAUAAGAAACAGGAAGUUAGAAGUAACCUUAACAUCUACAUAAGUGCUUGUGAUAAAAGGCACAAGCAGCUUAAGUGUUAGAAAACAUGAAAAAAAACUGAAUUCACUAAAGAGAAAUAAAAUCAUUUAGAUAAUAGAAUAUUAUAAAAACAAUAGAAGAUAGAAAAUAACCAUGAAAACAGGCUGUCUAUAUGUCAAUGCAGCUACAUUUGCAUGCUGGUUAAGACAGAAUCUAAACUUUUCCACCGCUACUUUAUUUGCAAGUACCUGCAAGAAUCUGCCUCUCAGUUUGCUUCUGUGCCACAUGCAAGAGAAUAUCUUGGAUAUAAAAUUUAUUGUUAGCCUAAAAAUCAUGUUGGAAGACUUAAACUACUGGUAGAUGUAUUGCUUUAGUCGACAUUUUAGAGGAAAUCCGUUUAACUAGAUGGUGGUUAAAAGGACCGUUUUAGUUUGCAAGAACAACACAGAAGCCAUUACUGCUGCAUUACUCUGUUUACUGUUGCUCAAGAUUGCAGAUAGGAGUACAGCUAAAAACACAGAUGACCAAGUUUCACACAUUGUUUGCAGUUGCAAUGAAUUUGCAUGAAGAAUUUGUUGACCGGGCCUCAACUACUUGUGUAUUUCCACCUUUUUUUUUCAACAGCUUGAGCAGGGGCUUCCUGAAUGUCAAACAAGCUGAAAUGAAAUUGCAGAAACCUUUCAGUUUUUAUUAUUUCCUUUUGUGCUGUUUUAUUUAACCUAUGAGUCUGUAUAUUAAUAUCUAUAUAUAUUUUGUUUUUUUUGUUGGCAGAUGGAGCAGAUUGAUGAUAUGCUAAAUCAUUUGAUUGGAGAGAUCGAUCAUCUCUCUCAGUCUCUGUUAUCUGAAGGCGACACAGCUGAAGGGAAAGAUGCUUCACAGGAGCAGAGCACAUUCUCCAUUGGUUUCACAGACCUGAAGGAGUCACUCAACGAACUGGAAGAUCAUGACCUGGAUGCGCUGGUGGCCGACCUAGAAUUAAAAUGCACAUCUGAAGAAUUGUCAGUUUGUGAAGCAGCAGGCAGCCUCGUGGAGGAUCAUCCAUCACCUGCUCUGACGCACGAGGAGACAAAAGCCCAAACAAAGUUGGAUAAAAUUAAAAUAGCUUUGGAGAAGCUGAAAGAAGCUAAAGUGAGAAAGUUAAUAGUAAAAGUCCUGAUGAGUGACGGUAGCUCCAAAACUCUGAUGGUGGAUGGGAGGCAGAUGGUGCGAGAGGUUCUGGAUAAGCUCUUUGAGAAAACACACUGCGACCAAAGCAUCGAGUGGAGCCUGUGUGAGGCCAACCCCGAGUUGCAGAUUGAACGAGACCUGGAGGAUCACGAGUUAUUUGUGGAGCUCCUGUCUGACUGGAUUCGCCACAGUGAGAACAAAAUCCACUUCAUCUUAAGACCCCAAAAGUAUGUGAUGUUCACUGACCCACAACUGUUUUUCAUGUGGAAAAAGAAUAAAUCCGGUCAGACGGAUGUCAACAAACAGACUAAAGAUCUCCUAAUCAAGGAGCAUUUCGGAGGCACGAGUGUGAUUGUGCCUAAUCUUGAAGGGAAGAUGUACCUAAAAGAAGAUGGGAAGAAGGUCUGGAAACAUCAGUACUUCCUUCUGAGGGCCUCUGGCCUUUAUUAUGUACCCAAAGGAAAGACAAAGUCUUCGUCUGAUCUCGCCUGCUUUAUCCGCUUUGAGAAAGUCAACGUCUACACAGCCAGCAACUACAGAGAGAAAUUCAAGGCUCCGACCAGCUUCUGCUUUGUGUUAAAGCAUCCCUGCAUCCAGAAAGACUCUCCCUACAUCAAGUUCCUUUGCUGUGAAGACGAAAAGUCCCUGCUGCUUUGGGUCACCUCCAUCAGAAUAGCUAAGUACGGACCCGUCCUCCAUCAGAACUAUCAGGAAGCUGUGAAAAGAGCCUCCGGUUUCCAGUCUGCACGAAACAAAGCUGCCUCACUUCAGACCAAAGCUGAUCAGCCCAAGCACAACACCUUUGUGGUCAACCCAUGUAUGGGUCCAUCUCCACCUAAAUCUGAGGUUAAAUUCAAUUUAGAAGAACCACCACCUGACUUCAUCCCUCCUUCCCCCCCAGUUCAUGCAUCACCCUAGCUCUCAUGUCCUUCAGCGAGUCAUCUUUUUUUUUUUUUUUUGGGUUGCUUUUAAAAUAUCUAAAUUGUUAAAUGGUUAUAAUAAAGAGCAUAUAUUUGAAUUUUACAUAUUUCUUUCUAUUUUGUUUGGACAUUAAUGUAGAAACACAUGGUCUUUUGUUUGAUAAAAAUGGCCUCAACAAAAAACACUGUUCAUCCGUGUGCUUCAAGGAGCUUUUUAUUACAAAAAGACUGUACAUAAAUGUAACUGACCACAAUCUAUAUACAUAGGACACACAUCAGAUUCUGUUCCCAUGAAUAUUUCAGUUUUUUUUUUCCUUUUUAUUCCACAUUUGAUCAGAAGAAAACACAUCUGAAGAAGGCGCCUUCUCCCACGAUGCCCUCAAACGUUUUAGUGGUGAACGUUAGAAAUCUCCCACACGCCAGUGAUCGUCUUGUCAUUUUUUUUUUUUAUGGAUAGAAAAAACAAAAAAAAAUCAAAACUAUAAAUAAAUCCUUCACAUACAAACUGCUAGCAAACAUUCCUCAGCAGUCUUGGACAUAAGAAGUCAAAUGCAAUGCUAGAAAUAGAUCAGUUAGAAAAAGUUGAUUUUUCACCAAAAAAUGACCUCAUGAUGGUAAAAAAUACGAUCAUAAAUGAGAUGCAGUUCACUGUAAUGACACUUGAAUACUUUCCUGCUUAAAGGCUCAAUGAAUGCUGCCUUUUCUUUUUUUUUUUACAUCUAAAACCAGAAAAUGUUACCUUUACAUCCAUUUUCCAUGAAAUGUUCAUUGGAGGAUAUGUAUUCCAAACGUACACUAUGAGGACAGGCAUUGACUUAGGUGGUUUUGUUUGCACCACGAAACACCAUGGAAGGGCAGUCUUCAUUGUUUCAUUCCCUCGCUGUGGGCAGCAGAAGUCAUUCGUGUGCAGGACAAGCUGCCACGCACAGAAACUGCAGAACAUUACUGCUGAGUCGCUGACAUUCACUACAAAAACAGGUUUGAUGAAGCGAGUUUACAAUCAGAUGAGCUGGAUGUAAGGAAACUAAAGUUCUUGGUAGUUUUUGAGGUUGUUUGGGUUGGUAACUGUGGUCACUGAGCACCAAUGGAGAAGCACCACACUGGCAACCAUGCAAAGAAUAGGAAAAAGGGAAAAAAAACAACUCAAUUUAGCUAUACUACAACCAAAACCGUGAAGCUAUGACGUAAAUACAAGCUUGUUAGUUUGCAUGGAGCUGUGCAACAGCGUCACUGACUGCAGUGGCAACAGUUCAAGGAUUCAUCUGUGGCUUAUCAUAAAAAAUAAAUGCCUUUACACAAUACUUUUGCCCAAAUACAGGUGAAAAUGACAGUAGAAGCAUCCGACCUUGGCACCACUUCCACUGAGCGAUGGAAACACUGUUGAUACACACUGAUAAAUGCACUGACAGUUGGUCACAUUACAGUUUAUAUACAUUUUCACUAUGUCCUCUUUUUGUUGUUGUUGUAAAUUCUGUGUGAACGCUCACCCUUUUAGACGCUGUGGGUACGCUUUUUCUUUGGAGCAUCCGGACAUGAAAAGUUGUGUUUUCUUUUCCUCUUUUUAACUCUUAGAAUCUUUUCGGGAGGAGGAUGGUCAGAUGAUCUAAGGUGUUUGUAAAAAGAAGGAGCAUUUUAUCACAAGAAUGCUACACAAAAUCCUGGAUUUAGGUCAAUACGACGGAGCUUUACAUUAAGAUCCACAAUGGUUCAUUUUUUCUUUUCUUUUGGUGAGACAAAAGAA